AUGGAAUCCGAAAUAAGCACUGAUGGUUUGAAAUCUGCUGACUUGGUCAACGAAAAGCGUCGACAUAUGUUAGCACGAUUGGAAGCGCGUCAUGCACGGGAUACAGCUGGGGUGAAAACUUCUACUGAUGCAGCGGAUUUCGAUAAACUGCUAGCAAAAGCUACACGUGUAAUAAAUUCCUCAGAACUGAACAUUGAGCCUGAAUUUUUGCACGAAUUAGAAAUCGCCCUGACGCUAAUUCCACCUGGCCAUCAGUCACGUCGUCUAAAAGAAGCUUUAAAUGUGCUACGCGGCAAAAUGCAGGAGCAAAUUGGAUUGGCACAUAAGCAGUCAGCGUUUUCAUUUAGCACCAGAAAGGAAGGUGCUGUGGAAUCAAAAGUACAAAAAGCAGCAAUUGCCAAAUGUAAUCCACUUGGCCCCAUUCAGACAACAGCCAAAUCGCUAGUGCGAAGUGCUGUCACAGUAACUGCGGAGCAUGGGAAAGAAUUGAUAGUGAAAGGUGAUGAUGGUGAAGAAGUUAUGAUCAAUGAUGUCACUAAUUCUGUGGUUCGCGUUCCUUUCAAAGCAUCGACGGUACAUAUGAAGUCCGUGAAGCACACCACUCUAAUUUUUGCACCAGUUAAAACUUCUCUUCUAAUAAGAGACUGUGAAAAUUUAACAGUUGUAGUCGCUGCGCAGCAAGUUAGAAUCCACGAUAGCCAUCAUAUUCGGUUCUACGUAGAAGUACGUGGAGCCUUGGUUAUUGAAGACUGUGAUGGAAUAGAAGUUGCACCGUAUAACGUCGUUGGCUUUGAGCGAGACCCACAAAAUAACAACUGGCGUAACAUACAAGAUUUCAGUUGGCUUUCUUCGGAAGAACAGAGUCCAAAUUGGAAAAUCAUGGAAGAAAACUCAUCAAGAUGCUUUACUCUGUAA